AACAACCCUUAUAAAUUGUCAUGUCUGCAUUGCCAUUUUAUUCACAACCUCGCAUCUCCCAUAUUAUGCCAAUGCUAUUGUUUCCUGUUUCUCAUUUAACCUCACUCACUCUUUCCCAUCCUUAUUCUAGUAAUUUAUUUUUUAUUUUUAUUUUUUUGGGUACUCUAUUUUGGUGUAUGUAUUAGUUUUUGAAAAAGUAUAGGCUGGCAAUAGCAUAUCAAUCUUAGGAUGAGCCUGUCGUAUUUGUAAAAUUUAGCAUUAAAAAAAUAAAAAAAUAAAAUUAAAAAAAAAGCAUAUUCAAAUAGCUAUAUUGAGAUUUUUCGCAAAAGGUUAUAGGAAAUGAAUCUAUCUGUAAAUGGUCAGUCUCAGGUCCCUCCGGGUUUUCGGUUCCAUCCUACAGAAGAGGAGCUUCUGCACUACUACUUGAGGAAGAAAGUGGCCUACAAGAAGAUAGAUCUUGAUGUAAUUCGCGAUGUUGAUCUUAAUAAGCUUGAACCAUGGGAUAUUCAAGAGAAAUGCAAAAUAGGAUCCAGCACUCCACAAAGUGAUUGGUACUUUUUCAGUCACAAAGACAAAAAGUACCCAACAGGGACUCGAACAAACCGAGCGACUACCGCUGGUUUCUGGAAGGCGACGGGGCGUGAUAAGGUGAUAUACAGUAGCUUAAGAAGAAUUGGAAUGAGAAAAACUCUAGUCUUCUACAAAGGACGAGCCCCUCAUGGACAAAAAUCAGAUUGGAUCAUGCACGAAUAUAGGCUAGAAUUGGAUGACACCUUCACCACUCACCAUGACGCCGACAAGGCCAAUAAUCUAGCAGCAGCAGCAGGAGGAGGAGGAGGAGGAGACUACUCAGUGUCAGAAGAAGGAUGGGUGGUUUGUCGUGUUUUUAAAAAGAAAAAUUAUCAUAGAGCACUAGAGAUAGAGAGUCCCCAAAGGCAAAGGCAAAGCCCAUCUACUUCUUCCAUGAAUAUGGAUCAUUCAAGAAACCAGCUGAUGGUGAUGCGCAAUUCGAGCAAUGAUGGCGGCAUAGCUGAUCAGAUACUUGAGUACAUGGGAAGGUCUUGCAAGCAGGAGGAGAAUGAAACAACCACAACCACCAGCAACAAUAGCAACAUCAACAUGCCCUCUUCGUCUUUAAUCAACAUCAUCAACACAGUGCAUCUCCCAAGCUUGGAGGAAAGUGAUACUCCAACUAUACUACCAUCAUCAUCAUCAUCAUCAUCACUGAACAAUAAGUAUUGCUACUCCUCACCCUCCUUCUUCAAUCAUCAUCAUGAGGAGGAAGGCUGUACCACUACUACUACUACUACUGCUGCUGCUGCUGCUGCUUUUAAAGAUUAUGGUGGUGGUGGCCAAUCAAUGGACCCUCUCAAUCAUCAUCACCAGAAAGAUGGAAUCAUCAAUGACUGGGCUGCAUUCGACCGCCUCGUAGCUUCCCAGCUGAAUGGCCCAGGAUCAGAACAGGAUGCUAAGGAUGAUACAUCCAACCACUUAUCCUCCUGCUACAAUUAUGGUUACCGUUACGGUGAUCCCAAUGUUGAUUUCUGUUUUUCCAUUGAUGGUCAUGAUCAUGAUGAUGUAGUACAAUUAUCACAACUACCUUCUUCAAGUAGACCAAAUAUUCAAUCCUCCUCCUCUCAGGUCCAAAGCACCGAGAUCGAUCUAUGGAGCUUUACACGAUCAUUAUCCUCAUCAUCAUCCUGUUCUGACCCACUAUGUCACUUGUCGGUAUAAUUACACAUCAUAUUAUAUAGUGUACAUGUCUCUUGUAAAAGUCAAAUAUUAUGUAAUCCAUAUAUAUAAUACAUGAUCGGCUAUAAAUAAAGGGGUUAUUAUAUCUGCGAUGGGAAUGCCAUUCUCAACCAUUUUGCCUC